UUUUUCACCCAAAACUGUUUCAGCGGUUAAGCUAGAGUUUUAGAAUUUGCGUAGAGAGGGAGAGAUGGCUCGAGGAGCGGCGGUGAAGUCGAGUGCGAAGAAGAAAGGAGUGUCGUUCGUCAUCGACUGCUCUAAACCAGUCGAUGACAAGAUCAUGGAGAUCCCAACGUUCGAGAAGUUUCUCCAGGAACGAAUCAAGGUCGGAGGCAAACCCGGAGCUCUCGGUGACGCCGUUACCAUCACAAUCGCCAAGGGAAAGAUCACCGUCACCGCCGAUUCCACCUUCUCCAAACGGUACUUGAAGUAUCUGACGAAGAAGUAUUUGAAGAAGUACAACAUCCGUGAUUGGCUCCGCGUGAUUGCGUCGAACAAAGACAGGAACCUCUAUGAGCUAAGGUACUUCAACAUCGAAGACGAUGCAGCUGGUGAGGAAGAAGAUUAAGGCACUGUAGAACUUCAUUUCUUUUUUUUUAUACAUUUGUCAGAGAUUAUUGUUGGCAUUGGUGUUAUUUGGAUUGUUCGAUCAUUGAGUUUAAUGAAAGAAUGAUGUUUGACUAAGUUUCA